AGAGGGGGGAGACAGACGAGGGAAAUUCCUUCGUGGUGCUCAAAUUUCGCCAAUCUAAUUUUCCUAUCCUCCUUUGUCUCGGUCUGAACACUGACGUCUCUCCUCUGCCGUUGAGUCAUCACCCGCUAACAUGAUGUUUCGAAGUGCCUUUUUAUGUCUACUAGUCGCAGUCGUUUGCUGUCAUGCCGAGGAGGGGAAAAGCAAGUCCAAGGUGUGUGCCAAUGUAUUCUGUGGGGCUGGCAGAGAGUGUGCUGUGACAGAGAAAGGGGAACCUUCCUGCCUGUGCAUCGAGCAAUGCAAACCUCACAAGCGCUCUGUGUGUGGCAGUAACGGUAAGACGUACCGCAACCACUGUGAGCUCCACCGCGACGCCUGCCUGACCGGCCUCAAGAUCCAGGUGUACCACGACGGACACUGUGAAGAGAAAAAGACAGACAAAGCUGUUGCUGCUAGCCCAAUCGUGUGCUACCUGGCCAACAGGAACGAGUUGCGCAGCCGGGUCAUCCAGUGGCUGCAGAAUGAGGUGGUCCCUGACGGCUGGUUCGCCAAGGGCUCCAACUUCUCUGACACCCUGCUCAAGUACUUCAAGGACUAUGACAACGGAGACUCCCAGCUGGAUUCCACUGAGUUCCUUAAGUUCCUCCAGCACAACGAAACAGCCAUCAACAUUACCUCAUAUGCUGACGAGGAGAACAACCGCCUGCUCAGGAGCCUGUGUGUGGAUGCCCUCAUCGAGCUCUCAGACGAAAACACGGACUGGAAGUUGAGCUUCGAUGAGUUCCUAAACUGCUUCAAGCCUGGCUUCAACCCACCAGAGAGAAAGUGUGCCCUGGAGGAUGAGACCUAUGAGGACGGGGCAGAGACUCAGGUGGAAUGUAACCGCUGUGUCUGUGCCUGUGGGAACUGGGUCUGCACGGCUGUGACCUGCGAAGGCACAGAUACGGUGCCUGCUGUGGAGAAGACUGAAGGUGCUGACCAGGAGAUGACAGAGGAGGAGUGGACACGGAGAGUGGCUGAGCUCAACAAACAUCAGGAAACUGUGGAGAAGAUGAAAGUGAGCACUAAGGACAUUUAAGAGAGAGAGAGAGAGAGAGAGAGAGCCCUCCUUCAGUCACACCAUCAACAAUCACUAUCUGGCUGAGUCUUUGGAGCUUGUACUGUUGCUAAAGAAAUGCAUCACUUGUUUUUAGUUUUUAUUUACAAUGUGAAUUAUUAAGAUUUUUUUUAAACUGUACCAAUGUCUAUUAUAAUAUCAUUGUGUAUAGGGGAGACUAGUUGAAUUGUGUGUACCUACAAACACAGUACUGUUAUCCUAUUUGAGUAACACUCCCAAGCCUUGGUACGAAUCCCCAUCACCUAGUGGUGGGUUAAUAUUUGUAUUCAUUUUAGUUCAUUUGUUGUUUUCGUUGUUGUUUCUGUCAGUCAAAUUAGCUCAUCUGUAGAGAAGAGAAGAAUGUGGGAAUUGGAGCUAUAAAGAAAGCACAGUUGUAAAGAACUACUUUUCGCAGAAAAUGACUUCACAGUUGCCACGACACACACCAACCACAUCACAGAGGACAAGCAAUUCGGCGAGAAAGCCUUAUCAGAUGCAUUGACCUUACAGGGUGCUAUUCCAGACACCUGAGUAUUUUACAGGGCCAGUAAAUCACAUGAAAGAUGAACACAUGGCUGAGUUGUAAAUGUACCUGAAUACCAUUGUAAAUCCAUCAACAGUGUGAUUACACUUUCCUGGCAGUAUAACUACUCAUAUCAUAUCUGUGAUAUAUACAGUAAAACCCACUGACCCAUAACAUCUGAUGGUGCCAGGGUUCAAUCUGUUAGGAAACGGAAAAUGAAGAGUGUCCGCACUCAGUCUUAGACAAGAACAUGUAUUCCAUCUCUAUUUUCUUGUCUAUGCACCAACAAUAUGGCAAUAAUCUAUGAUUAGAUGUGUGCAGGGUUUCCUGCUUUUUCAAGGUAAAGUGGUGAUGCUAGGGUUCAAUCUGUAGGCUACUUGUCUACACUGCUUUGCCAACAGUACUGCAAUCCAUUUCUUUUGGAAGCUGACGCAUGCCGAUCUCUCAGGAUAUAGGUGGUUUGAUUGGAUGACUUUGUUAGGCACAAGGAUUGGGAAAAACGGCCAAACCAACCUCUAAAAAACAUUUUAGAUGGCAUUACUUAAACCAAAGUUCAAAUGCAAGAUACCUAAAGUACAGUAUGAGGAGUAACUUUUAGAAAGUAGGUUCACAGCCUAGACUCGAGCUUUCUUUGUUUUGAGCUGCAUGUCCUGCAUGUCAAUAUUUGAAUGUGGUGGAUCUCACUUCAAUGUCUUUAUAAUGUGUGGUAUUCAGUGCCUUAAAUUUUCACUAAGACCUAUGGGACAUCCUGCUGUCGUUCUCUUAGAGCAAUGGCUGACACUAUGAAACCAUGCCAAAUAGAUUAACUAAUUGAAGUUAAAAGCCUGUGUUUCUUCUGUUUGUAAUGAUUUAUUGUCUCACUUUUAGAAUAAUACCAGCUCACGUUGUUCGCUGUUACAGUAGACUUUUAAUAAAACAUUUACUCCCUGUUGAUUAUUAACACUACUGUACCGUCAAAAAGGUAUGCAAGCUUUAUACAUGUCAAUAAAUACAUUUAACAGAC